AUGGCCGACAGAUGCCAAUGUAUCAUGAUCAAGAUCAAGAUGGCCGACAGAUGCCAAUGUAUCAUGAUCAAGAUCAAGAUGGCCGACAGAUGCCAAUGUAUCAUGAUCAAGAUCAAGAUGGCCGACAGAUGCCAAUGUAUCAUGAUCAAGAUCAAGAUGGCCGACAGAUGCCAAUGUAUCAUGAUCAAGAUCAAGAUGGCCGACAGAUGCCAAUGUAUCAUGAUCAAGAUCAAGAUGGCCGACAGAUGCCAAUGUAUCAUGAUCAAGAUCAAGAUGGCCGACAGAUGCCAAUGUAUCAUGAUCAAGAUCAAGAUGGCCGACAGAUGCCAAUGGGGCGAGGGCGGGGUCUGGUACGAGCUGCCUCCCGAACUACGCCCUCCUCCCUCAGACUUUUUACCUCAGAAGGACGAAGCCAUGUACCCCAACCAGAUCUACCAACUCUACCCAGAGAGACAUGGACAACCACUUCCACACACCCUGGUGAGGAAGAACUCAGUACCCGAGCUGAGUAGCCUCUAUCUCAGGCAAAUAAUGGCAGCCAGGGCCUCUUCUGUGGUUCCUCCAGCUCCACCCCAACAGAAUUACUACCAGAAGGCACCCCCACCGGACAACACGGCCCCGGCUAUGUCCAGGAGCUUAUCUCCUCGUUGUCUUGAAGACGGCUCCUCCUUAUAUAGGACCAGCCAGCAGCAGCAUCACCUGCUUAACGGAUCAGCGUCGCAUUAUGGGAUGUCCGGGCUCACCGGUGGACGAGGGGGGUUUAGAGCUGGUGUUUCUACUGCGUCUGCCUGGGAUCAAGGACACGCCAGGUUUGCCCCUCCCCUCCCAGCUCCUACGCCUGCCCCAGGCCCUCCCCCUCCUCCUCCUCCCUCUCCCGCUCACAACGAGCUCAGCCGGUCGUACCGGGAAGCCAAGAUGAUCCCAGACUUCCAGCACAGCACUGGUGUCUGCAGGGCUCCAUCUCCUGCCUGCUACGGGGUCCAGCCCCCGCUUCCUGUUUACACUGCAGCCCAGCCUCAGCCUCUCCCCUCUCUCUCCGCUUAUCACCCUCCCCUCUACAGUGCCAUCUACAGCCUCCCGUUGGACCCCCGGGUUGGUGUUGGACAGACUGCCGCCACCACCAGUCUCAUGGUGGACCCUGCUACCCAACAGCACGGACACAUGGACGGUUCCCUCCAGCGCUACGGUGCUGUGGCAUCCCAGAGGCUGCCCUACGACCCGGGAUACGACCCUGGCUCUACCAUGGUCCAACAACAGCACCACCCUAGCGCGGCGAUGAAUAUGGAUCCCAAGAGGAUGGUGGACCCAGGGUUCCUGGCGUUCCUCAGAGCCGAGGGUCUGGCGGACAGCACCAUCAGCUUACUACUCCAGCAGGGCUUUGACUCCACCUCUAUGCUGGGGGUCAUGGAGGAUCAUGACGUCCGUUCUAUAGCCACUAAUCUGGGCCAGGCCCGAGCGCUGUCCAGCGUGGUGCUCCACUGUAAGCAGCAGCCUGGCGAGUCGGCCUUAGCCGCUCAGCAGCGCAUUAGAGGCCGCGCCAACAGCUUCGGACACACCAACAACCUCUACAUGCAAGGGAUGCAGAACAUGACCCAGGGGAUGAGCAGCAUGGCCAUGGACCCCCACACGAUGCACCAGCAGCCCCCCACCUCCGUCCAGACCUUCAGCCCCAGGAUGGGAGAGUUCCUGGGCAGGAGACCCAACAGCGCCCCAUCUCAACACCUCCUGGAGACCACCACAUACGGAGCACCCCGAGGGACCUUCCCCGUCAGCUCUGGGGGAUACGGUAACACCCUCGCCCAGGCAAGACCGCUAUCCAUGUACAACGCCCACACCGGCAUCGCCAUGUCCGCCCUGCAGCACCAGCAGCCUACUGCCCCCAACACCCCCGGAGGAACGGCCCCCAAAACCUUCUCUGGUUCUUACUCCCCCAUGGAGCUCAUGAAGAGAGCCCCCAACAUGCCCCCCAUGUCACCUGGGGUGGUUCAGAGCCCCCUGCACAGCCCCCAGCUGCUGAGGAAGGGGGUGUCUGAUGCAGGGGAGAGCGGUGUGGUCGUCGGAGCGUCGUCCUCCUCCCACCAGAUACAGACCCUUAACAACAACAGGACGACAGGACGGAGAACGGGGCCACCUGUCAUUGUUUCUACCAUGGCUGCCUCGUCUGAUACAAGUAUCCGGCCCCAGAUCAUGAACGGGCCGAUGCACCCUCGCCCCUUAGUGGCCCUGCUGGACGGGCGUGACUGCACCGUGGAGAUGCCCAUCCUAAAAGACCUGGCCACCGUCGCCUUCUGUGACGCACAGUCCACACAGGAGAUACACGAGAAGGUGUUGAACGAGGCGGUAGGGGCCAUGAUGUACCACACCAUCACUCUGACCAGAGAGGACCUAGAGAAGUUCAAGGCUCUACGCAUCAUCAUCCGCAUCGGCAGCGGCUACGACAACAUCGACAUCAAGGCAGCCGGAGAGCUGGGCGUAGCAGUGUGUAACAUCCCGUCGGCUUGCGUGGAGGAGACAGCGGACUCCACCAUGUGUCACAUCCUCAACCUGUACAGACGAAACACCUGGUUGUACCAGGCUCUCCGGGAGGGCACGCGGGUUCAGAGCGUAGAGCAGAUCAGAGAGGUGGCGUCCGGAGCGGCACGCAUCCGUGGGGAGACACUGGGCCUUAUAGGCCUAGGUCGUUCGGGUCAGGCGGUGGCUGUGCGAGCCAAGGUGUUUGGCUUCAACGUGAUCUUCUACGACCCCUACCUGCAGGACGGCUUGGAGCGUUCCCUGGGCGUCCAGCGCGUCUACACCCUACAAGACCUGCUCUACCAGUCAGACUGCGUCUCUCUGCACUGCAACCUCAACGAACACAACCACCAUCUCAUCAACGACUUCACCAUCAAACAGAUGCGUCAGGGAGCGUUCCUGGUGAAUGCAGCGAGGGGAGGGCUGGUGGAUGAGAAGGCCCUGGCUCAGGCCCUGAAGGAGGGGAGGAUACGUGGCGCUGCCCUGGACGUGCACGAGAUAGAACCCUUCAGUUUUGCUACAGGCCCUCUGAAGGAUGCUCCCAACCUGAUCUGUACACCACACACAGCCUGGUACAGUGAACAGGCUUCUCUGGAGAUGAGAGAGGCAGCUGCCACCGAGAUACGAAGAGCCAUCAGCGGCCGCAUCCCUGACAGCCUAAGAAACUGUGUGAAUAAGGAGUUCUUUGUGACCACAGGACCGUGGGCAGUAAUGGACCAGCAAGGUGUCCACCCAGAGCUCAAUGGCACCGCCUACAGGUACCCGCCGGGCAUGAUGGGCAUGGCUCCAGGGAUGAUCCCGGGUGGCUUAGAGGGGAUGGUGCCAGGGGUACCAAUCGCCCAUACCCUGCCCUCUGGUACCCAUCCGUCCCAGGCCCCCUCGCCCAACCAGCCAGCCUCCAAACACUGUCACGGAGAGACCAGAGAGCACCUUACCGAGCAAUAGCACCCUGACCGCCAGCAUAGCAGCCAGCCAACCAGCCAGCAGAGAGGACAAUAACAACAGUGCCACAGGAAGAGGAGCUGCUGCCUUGGCAGCAGAGGAAGAGCAUCAUGCACCUCCUCAAACUCAACCAGUAGAGAGGACAACAACAACAGGAAGAGCAACAUGCUCCUCAAACUCAACCAGUAGAGAGGACAACAACAACAACAACAGGAAGAGCAACAUGCUCCUCAACACCUCCUCAAACUCAACCAGUAGAGAGGACAACAACAGGAAGAGCAACAUGCUCCUCAACACCUCCUCAAACUAUUUACCGUCAGUCCUAUAUAUAUAUAUUAUAGUAAGUAGUACUAUAGUAAUAAACCACCGAACUGUGAAUGAAGAAGCAGUUCCUUCACAGAUUUGUACUCAACGUUUUAGUUAUGACUGUCUCGUUGGUCGGUCCGGUCGGUCCGGUCUCGUUGGUCGGUACGGUCGGUCCGGUCGACAGUCGGUACGGUCGGUCCGGUCGGUAAGGUCGGUCCGGUCGGUCCGGUCUCUUCUACAGGACUCAUUUUAUUUUGGAGCGUGCCCAUGUGGUCCGUUGUGAGUCCAGUGUUAGCCGUCUAUCUCCGGCAAGCAGAGAGGAGACUGACAGUCCCGUCCACACCUCAGAGCAUCAUGGGAAGACUUCCUGACCAAUGGGAGAACAUGAGAGAAACCUUUGACAUCACCCCCCCUAAUCCUUUGACCCCUUGACCC